AAAUACAACAUUGUUUAAUUUUCAUUUCGAUUUCUGUAAUCUCUUCAAUCUCGGCCGUGAUUGGAGAAAGAUCUCAAAUUGUGUCAAAGUAAUUCGGCGUUUGGCAUUUGUUUUGUUUGGCUGUGAAAGGGAAAAUAAUCGAAGUUGGGGAUUAAAGAAAAGGUCUUCUCUGAGUUCCGUGUCUCGUCGUUUUUCUUCUUCUUCCGAUUACAAAGAAGAUGCUGUAUUUGAAGCAGCCCAGCUCUAUUAUUUGCAAAGGAGGAGCGAUUAUGGUUUGGCAAGAAUAAGAUAAUUCCGGAUUAAGGUAUGAAUUUUUCUCUCAACGAAAAGUAAAAGCGAGAAAAGUUCGGUUGUAAGUGCAUGCUCUUUUGACAAAUUCCCUGAGCCUGGGGCUCGGGGAGAUCUGAAUCUAGAAAUCGAAAACGGAGCGAAAAAGAAGAAGCUUACCAUGGAAUCAUCCGCUGCGAAAGGGUGCGAUUGCGAUGAUAUUGACGAUAAUGGCAGCUCCUCCCAAUUUCAACCGUCUACGUGUAUGCAGAAAUUCAGACUCUACGAAACUCGAUCGAACUUUUAUAUGAUUGGAAGGGACAAGAGUAGAACGUAUUGGAGAGUGUUAAAGAUAGACCGGCUUGAUCCUUCCGAGCUAAACAUUCGUGAAGAUUCUACCACGUAUUCAGAGAGUGAAUGCUCUGAGUUGUUGAGACGAAUACAUGAAGGAAACAUAUCCACAGGAGGAUUGAAAUUUGUUACAAAUUGUUAUGGCAUUGUUGGGUUCAUUAAAUUUUUGGGGCCUUACUAUAUGCUUAUUAUAACGAAAAGAAAGCAGAUUGGCUCAAUUCGCGGUCAUAAUGUAUAUGCGGUUUCAAAGAGUGAGAUGAUUCCUGUUCCAAAUUCAAUUGUUGACUCAAACAUUGCGAACUCUAAGGAUGAGAAUAGAUACAAGAAGCUCCUGUGCACGGUCGAUCUGACAAAGGACUUCUUCUUCAGCUAUUCAUACCAUGUUAUGCGUAGUCUUCAAAAGAACAUGUGUAAUAAUGAACCAAGUCAGGUUCUUUAUGAGACCAUGUUUGUAUGGAAUGAGUUCCUAACUAGAGGGAUCCGCAAUCACCUCCAGAAUAGUUUGUGGACAGUUGCAUUGGUGUAUGGCUUCUUUAAGCAGGCCAUGCUUUCUGUGGCUGGAAGGGAUUUCAAGCUUACGCUCAUUGCCAGGCGAUCCCGCCAUUAUGCUGGUACCAGGUAUUUAAAACGAGGGGUAAAUGAAAAAGGAAGAGUAGCUAAUGAUGUUGAGACAGAGCAGAUUGUAUUCGAGGAUGUCCCUGAUGGGCUUCCUGCAGAAAUAACUUCUAUUGUCCAGAACCGAGGCUCAAUUCCACUCUUUUGGUCACAAGAAACCUCACGUUUGAAUCUUAAACCAGAUAUCAUAUUGUCAAAGAUGGACAAAAAUUAUGAGGCAACCAGACUUCAUUUUGAAAAUCUUGUCAAAAGAUAUGACAACCCUAUAAUUAUUUUGAAUUUGAUUAAGACACAAGAGAAGAAGCCUCGAGAGUCAAUUCUUCGACAAGAGUUUGCAAAUGCAAUUGAUGUUAUAAAUAAAGAUUUGUCAGAAGAGAAUCGAUUGAGGUUCCUUCACUGGGAUCUACACAAACAUUCUCGGAGCAAAGCGACAAAUGUGUUGCUGCUUUUGGGCAAAGUGGCUGCGUAUGCAUUAAUGCUAACAGGUUUCUUUUAUUGUCGGGUCACUUCAACCUUGAGACCCGAGGAGCGCAUGGCUUGGUCUUCCUUUGAGAAUGAUAAUGAUAUUGACAUGUCACCCCAGAGAUAUCGCAACAAUGUUACUGAUGAUGCGUACAGAUUGGAGAGGAAUUGUUCGGGAUAUAAGAAUGGUACUAAUGGAAAUCAUUCUCUCAAGCCUCCAACUUUCCAAAGAGGUGUGCUUAGGACCAAUUGUAUAGACUGUCUAGAUCGCACUAACGUUGCACAGUAUGCAUAUGGAUUGGCUGCCCUCGGACAUCAGCUUCAUGCUAUAGGGAUUAGAGAUACCCCAAAGAUAGAUCUGAAUGAUCCUUUGGCAGAUAAUUUAAUGUGUUUCUAUGAGAGAAUGGGUGACACACUUGCACACCAAUACGGUGGUUCUGCAGCUCACAAUAAGAUAUUCUCUGAGAGAAGGGGUCAGUGGAGAGCUGCAACCCAGUCACAGGAGUUCUUUAGAACACUUCAACGAUACUAUAGCAAUGCAUAUAUGGAUGCUGAGAAACAAGAUGCCAUUAAUGUAUUCCUUGGGCAUUUCCAGCCCCUGGUUGGUAAACCUGCCCUUUGGGAGUUGGGUUCAGAACAUCAUUAUAGGGGAAGAAACGGGGAAACCAUUGUGGACGAAGAUGGAAGGUCAUUUUUCAAAAGAUCAUUUUCUGAUGGAAACAUUCUUCGUCAAACUGGGUCACCUUUGCCAGCCGCAAAAGAUAAGCAGGAGAAAUUUGCCAAUUCAACUUUGCCUGACCGAUCACAAGGAAGCAAUGGCCUUUCAGAGUCAUCACCCGAGAUAUCAACUUGUGAGAGUGAUAUGUCGUAUUCAAGGUGUACACCCUCUAUGCCUCGAAGGCAGUUGUUUGGAGACGUGCAAAGAGAUCGCUAUCUUGAAACAGGUCAAAUUUUCUUUUCUGGACAUGGGGAUGGAGUUAACUGCUCUAACUUUGUUGACUUAGACUGGCUUUCAACUUCCGGAAAUUCAUGCGAGGACGAACCAUAUGAGAGGUCAUCACUACUUCAAAGCUCUCCAGGGCUUUCGUUGGAGAAUGUUGUCAAUGGAGUAUUGGGAGAAACAACCCCAUCUACCAGUGAAUAUGGAUCGAAUAUGAAGGGAAUGCAGCGGAAAGGAACCGAGGAAUUUACCGAUAGUUUUGUGCAGUGGGUGAACGAUGGACAUGUGCUUUCCCAUUAAAGUUUUGCUCGGUUUCCUCGAAUCAGUGACAUCCAUGGCUCCACCUAGUCAAGCUGCUGUAGUGGUGGAAGCUGUUGAGUCAAAAGGCAGUUGUAGUGGCACUCUUAUGUAAGAUAACCUCGCUUCCAAUCCGAUCCGAUCCCCCAAGACCCUAAAUCAGAAACUAAUACUCCUACAAGAAAAAGAGUAAAUAGUCUACGGUUAAAACAGGGAUUCCUCUGGGUGCUCAUCAUCAAUCUCUCUUUAAUUCCUUAAUAGGUCUUUCAGUUUCAAUAGGUCUUUCAGUUUCAAUAGGUCGGUCUUGUAAAUAUAUUUUUCGCAUUUUCAAAGAGCUCCGUUUCAA